CGAAUUGUACAAUAAGAAUGCCAAUAACCCCGAUUCCAACGUCGGCGAUCGUCGGAGGCGUGAAGGACAUCCUUCAUGGAAGCGCCAGCACCAUCCUCACGACCGCGACUCAGAUCUAUGGACCGUUCCUUCUCGGGGGAUUCCUUGUCUUCGAAGUGUUGCGACGAUGCUUCCCCAAGUUGUACACUUGCCAACCGACAAGUGUGCCAGGGGAGGGCGUGCGGUGGAUCCCGCAUGUGUGGACUGUUACCGACGACAAAAUUAUGGAGGUGUGUGGCUUGGACACCCUCAUCUUCUUCCGCUUCCUGCGCAUGGGCAAGCAUCUGGCGGCGUUCGCCGUCAUCCUGUCCAUCGGUCUCUUCCCUGCGUACAGCAGUACAAAGCUGCUGGAACAAGAGGACUUUAUCGAUCGGUUGACCAUCAGCGGACUGCCGCGCAACGAUCCGCGGCUGUGGGCCACCGUGUUCGCCGCCGUCGCGAUGACACUGUUCACGAUGUACUCCAUCGCGCGCGAGUGCCAAGUCUACAAGGAGCGGCGCCAUCAGUUCCUCGCGAAAGCUUCUACCCAGCAGUACAGCGUCCUCAUCGACGACAUCCCGGAGCAUCUGCGGUCGCACGCCGCGCUCAAACGGUACUUUCACGCAAUCUUCCCCAACCAAGUCGAGUUUUGCUAUAUCGCGGUCGAGUGUCGCGCCCUUGAACGUCAGGUCGCAAUGCGGGAAUCCGUGCGGAAUGCGCUAGAACAUGCACUGGUCGUACUCCACCGCACGUCUCGCCGGCCCACCCACUGGGAGUGGCGUACUGGGGACGACGGGUGGUGGUGGUGCUUCUCCGUCAAGACUGUCGACUCAAUUGCCACGUACGAAGCGAAGUUGCAUCAGCUGAACAACGACGUGCUAGUGGCCAUUCGCGAGAUUGAAGCGCAGCAAAAACACGGCAGCUUUCGAUUCAACAACCCAUUUCCAGACCACAUCGUCGACGCCGGCGAUCCGGUGACCCCUCCGCUAGCUACGUCGAACGAAGCGACGCCGCUGCUGCGUCCGUCCGCCGACGUCCUUCUGCCGCUCGCCAACCUCCUCCCCGACCUCUCGUCCCCCAAAGAGGUGCUGCGUCGGUCGGCAUUUGUCACGUUUUCAACGCUCCAGGCCACCAACACGGUGCAGCAGGUCGUGCAGACCGCCACCCCCCACGAGAUGCAGAUCCAGGAGGCGCCUCCCGCCCAAGACAUCGUCUGGGCCAAUGUAGGCACGUACACAUAUGAGCAGCGCGAUGUGUUUGCACUCGUGGCGAUCGCGGCGACCGCGGCGCUCAUUUUGUUUUGGACGGUCCCGACGACGUUGGUUGUGGCCUUGUCGUCGGUGGACUCACUUCGGCGCGUGGUGCCCCACUUGAACGAGUUACUGGACUCGUUUCCGUGGCUCGAGUCGUUGCUGCAGCAACUGAGUCCGUUGGGUCUUGUCGUGAUGAAUAGCCUGGCGCCGUUGCUGCUCCGCGUCGUCGCAUGUACCGAAGGCCACGCGUCGCACAAUGCAAUCGAAGCGUCAGUCUUUUCCAAAGUCGUGGCAUUCCAGCUCGUCCAGACGUUUUUCGUCGCGUCUGUCGCGGGGUCGCUCUCGGCAAUCGCUGACAAGAUCCAAUUGAUUGUCCAAGAGCCGCUGCAGGUGAUUCCGAUGCUGGGGCGGUCGAUUCCAGGGCAAAGUACACUGUUUGUGUCGUUUAUACUCGUGCAAACGGGCCUCGGUCUUGUCCUGCAGCUGCUCCGCGUCGUGCCGAUCGUGUCGGGGGGCGUCUACUGGCUAUUCUCGCCCAACCUCACGCGCCGGGAGCAGUCGGCCCCGUGGUGGGGGCUCACGCCGGCCACUGUCAGCACCCGUUUCGACUUUACCACGACGCUGGCCCAGCUGUUUCUGGUGUUUGUGCUCGUGCUCACGUUUGCGCCCCUCGCGCCAGUCGUGUCUGUUGCUGGCGGCAUCUUUUUCGUUGUGGCGGACACGGUGUACCGCCGCCAGCUGCUCUGUGUGUACGUCCCGACCACCCAUUCCACAGGUACGAUUGGACUCUCAGUUGUUGUUGGUAGUGGAGGGUUAGUAUAUAGUAGUUUGGAACACUCCUGAACACGAGAAUGUAUGUAGGUAGUAGGUACGUAAAUAUGGGUAGUAUGUAGUUUAUGGUUGGUUAGUAGAUAGAGUACGUGGACACUGUUGUGAGAUGUUGACGAGUUUUGAUUUGGAUAUUGGAUUCUGUACUGAUAUGGGUAUUUGACCUCUUGUCGUUUGAAUGGGCUUUGUAGUAGCUCUGGUCGUUGUACUUACUACUACUACCACAGGGUUGUGUUAUGAAUGUAGUAACCCCCUCGUCAAAAACGAGUAGUACUAGUACAUAUUACUACUACCACAGGGUUGUGUUAGUGUAUGUAUGGCUUGACCAGUUGUCAUUUUUGAUUUGAAUGUGCUUUGUAUUGCAGGCGUUCUCG